CAUAACAUACUGUCUGGUUUUGCUUUAAGCUCCGCGGAGGAGAGUAGUGUUCCUUAAAAGCAGCUGAGUGAUAGUGGCUGCUGUAGUGCUUUCUGUAUUGUCUCAGUCAGCAGCAGGCUGAGAGGAACAAUCCCACCACCAUAACACACUCCUAUUACACCAUGCCUUUGUUUAUUCUGCAUUCACGUUGGACGUGUUGAUUUUCAGCACGUCGCGUGUAGCAGAGGAGGGGAGAUCCGGACAAAAUUUCUCCGCGUGAUUUAUUGACGUUUGCUCGAUCGCUGCUGAAGCAUCCUUGUAUCUGCUGCUGUCUGCCUCAGAAAAAGCGCACAGAGCAGAAAUGCGCGAGCGGGGAAGUUAAGACAUGCCAGUCCCGAUUUCUCCCGAGAUCACACCGAGCAGAUUGGACGUGGUUUUAAAAAAGAGAAACAUCAGCUACAUAUCUACACGAGAAAUCAAGCAGCUUUGGAAGGUGAACUGCGUGCAGUCUUGAAAAUGGCAUUUUGAUGUGUGGCGAAAGCCUCGACCAAUAAUGGCCCAUAGGAUAAGCAAUAUAAAGCCUACAGACGAUCCACUGUUGCUGGUUGCACCGCAUGUCAUCUUCUACAACCACCAGGCAGUCUCCUACACAAACAUCCACGCUCUGUAGACAGAUCUGAGUGAUAGCGUCUCCAUCAUGAGGCUUCUGUUGAAGAACCUGGAUAAAAUGAGAUGUUUACGGAAGCGCUCCACUAUCCCAUUUUUGGUGAUUCUCAUCACCUUUCUGCUCUUCAUGAACCUCUACAUGGAGGAUGGCUAUGUGCUGGAGGAGGAUAAACGGCAGCUGAGGGAGGUCUCGAUGCACCCGUUAAAUUCUGAGCGAUAUGUUCACACCUUCAAAGACAUCACCAAUUUUUCUGGAACCAUUAACGUGACAUAUCGCUACCUUGCUGGGACUCCUUUGCCUCGAAAAAAGUACCUCACGAUUGGAUUGUCAUCAGUAAAAAGAAAACGAGGAAAUUACCUUCUGGAGACCAUCAAGUCCAUUUUUGACCAGUCCAGCUAUGAAGAGCUCAAAGAGAUUGUCGUCGUGGUUCACUUGGCAGAUUUUGACCUAGCUUGGUGUGAGAGUUUGGUUCAGGAGAUAACCCGCAAAUUUGGCCAUCACAUCAUAGCAGGACGUCUACUGGUCAUUCACGCACCCGAGGAAUAUUACCCGUCUCUUGACGGGCUGAAGCGAAACUACAACGACCCUGAGGAUAGAGUUCGGUUCCGUUCUAAGCAGAACGUAGACUAUGCUUUCCUGCUCAACUUCUGCACCAACCUAUCGCACUUCUACAUGAUGCUGGAGGAUGAUGUGCGAUGCUCGAGGAAUUUUCUUACGGCUCUAAAGAAAGUAGUCACUUCCAGAGAGGGGUCUUACUGGGUCACGCUGGAGUUCUCCAAGCUGGGCUACAUCGGGAAGCUUUACCACUCUAGAGAUCUUCCCAGACUUGCACACUUUCUGCUCAUGUUCUAUCAGGAGAUGCCCUGUGAUUGGCUGCUGAUUCAUUUCCGAGGCCUAUUGGCCCAGAAGGAAGUGAUCCGCUUCAAACCAUCGCUUUUCCAACACAUGGGCUACUACUCGUCAUACAAGGGGGCUGAGAAUAAACUGAAGGAUGAUGACUUUGAGGAGGACUCUCUCGAUAUUCCAGACAACCCCCCUGCCACACUGUACACUAAUAUCAAUGUGUUUGAGAGCUAUGACGCUGCCAAAGCUUACAGCAGUGUAGAUGAGUACUUCUGGGGCAAAGCUCCAUCCACUGGGGACUUUUAUGUCAUAGUGUUCAACAAACCCACGAAAAUCAGCAAAAUUAAGAUCAGCACUGGCACAGAUGACCGUCAGAAUGACAUUUUGCAUCAUGGAGCCUUAGAAGUUGGAGAGAAACUGGUGGGAACAAAAAAAGGCAGGCAGUGCUCCUCCUACAUCACAUUAGGAGAGUUUAAGCAUGGGAACAUUGAGGUUCACAAUGUGGACCAUAAAAUAGCUUUUGAUAUUGAGUGUGUUCGCAUCGUGGUCACAGCAAACCAGAAGGAAUGGCUGAUCAUCAGAAGUAUAAGCCUGUGGACUACUCAACCUCCAAAUCAAUGAGAACUGCUGUGGAUCAUUACAACAACUAUUACACAAAAGGCACAACAAUCAGUCAUUCAGUUUGCUUGGUAUAUAUAUUUAUCUAUUUAUUUUUUGGGUUUCUUAUCUAUUUAUUACGUUUAAUAUUUAUUUGAUUAUUUAUUCUUUUUUUAUAUAUAUAUAUAUAAUAACCCUUGGGUUUUGCUUCAUUCCUUAAGUAUGUAUAAAAAAAAGGAUGUGAUGAACUGAUAGACUGAUUGAUAUUUUUCUGACUCUUCAUUAAUAAGAACACUGUAGGCUUAUGCUGUUUUUAUGUGAUUAUGCCAUAAUCUCUUCAGCAGUCUAACUGCUGGUUCUGUCAUUAGGCAGUGGCAUUUUCACUCAUAGCCUUGGGACGUCCACUUACAUACUCAUGAUAUGAUAAAGCUGCUUGAUAAAUUGUAACCAUACAAAUAUUUGUUGUUUGAGAUUUCCUUUCGUCCCAUUUAUUUUUAACCAUUACCUUUCAUUGUAACAUCCCAUCAGCAAGCAUUUGGUCAAUGUGGCAUUGAAUAUACAAUGUAUUGUGGCAUGAAUUUAGUCGACUGCACUUCACAUUGUCUCCCCACUAAAUGGUAAAAGGAAUGUCAUUUGUUCAAUCGACCUUGGGCCUGAAGGGUCACCUUUAGUCUAGUUUUUUGAAAUUGCAGUGUGUAAUUUGUUGGUGUGUUCCUUCAGAAGCAUGGACCACAACACAGUAUUUCUAUUCACCCGUCUUUGAAGGCUUGUGAUUGAACAGUACAGUGACAAAUGAGGCGGACCUGUUCUACCUUCCACUCAUUCUUUUUGGCCCUCUUUUGCCUCAGCACAAUUUUGCCCAAGUAAAUUGGAUUUUGUUUUUCUUGCUGUAUCCAAAGAUACACCAGCUACAGACAGGCUCUGUAUUCUGUGAAAUUAAUCCAUAUAUAUAAAAAAAAUUGACCAACAGCAUGAUAAUCUAAACAAUACUAGUGUUAUGCUCAAAAAAUAGGAGUAUUAUGGUAGAGUAGUAGGAGAAAAUCUCUUACACACUCCCAUCUUACACAAUGUGCAUAACAGUUUACUCCAUUCCUGAUCAUGUGAUCCCCCCCUUUUGGAUAAACUAAUUUUUAUCCUAGCAACAAGGCAAGUAUUAUUACAAAACAGUCUUUUUUUCAAUUGCUGUUUUUUCUCCCAAGAAAAGCACAGGUCCUGUUUCAGAGAGCCACCUGAGGAAUUGAUGGUAUGGGUUGGCAAUUGUAUUAUACGAUUACUGGAAGGUGUUUGUUGAGUCAAUAAUGAAACACAGGAAAACACAUCACUCAACAGUGCAUGAGCGAGGAAAGAAUAUUGCAUCGCAAGUAAUCCUGUUAUUUAUUUUAAAGUUUUAUUACAUGUCUCCAAAAUGUCUGCUUUGAAUUUGACCAGCAAUGUACUGUACUUGGUUUGGUAUAAUUGGUCCAAAUACUACUGCACUGUACCUCUCUCUCAGUGUACUGCAUAGGUCUUUAAGUGAAGAGAAUGCUUGAUGAUGUAUAUUUAUGUUGUAUUUUGUCACCACAUCGUUUGUCAUAUGGUACUGUAUGUAUAUUGUAAAAUGACGUAUAUUUUUUUACAUGUAUCAUUAGAAUUGUUUGCCUUGUAUAUUGUAUCUGAAGUGUUGAAACAAAAAUGAA